ACGGGCGCCCACUGAUGACGACAUGAAGCCGCCAACGGCGGCGGUGGCGGCCGGGAGACAGGGAAGGCUUCCGGGGCUGCCGACCUGAGUGUAGAGCUUCUGUCAUGGCGGCCGCUCUGUGGGAAUUCUUUCCAGUCCUGCUGCUGCUGCUGUCGGGGGAUGUCCAGAGCUCGGAGGUGCCCGGGGCUGCUGCAGAGGGAUCGGGAGGGAGUGGGGUCGGCAUAGGAGAUCGCUUCAAGAUUGAGGGGCGUGCAGUUGUUCCGGGGGUGAAGCCCCAGGACUGGAUCUCGGCGGCCCGAGUGCUCGUAGACGGAGAAGAGCACGUCGGCUUCCUUAAGACAGAUGGGAGUUUUGUGGUUCAUGAUAUACCUUCUGGAUCUUAUGUAGUGGAAGUUAUAUCUCCAGCUUACAGAUUUGAUCCUGUUCGAGUGGAUAUCACUUCAAAAGGAAAAAUGAGUUGGUUGUUAUGUGCAAUUUUUGUUCUAUUAACUGUAAAGUGGGGGAAAAACAUUUUAUGGAUUUUUUUUUUUCUGCAGGUUAUGAUGAUGGUUCUUCCAUUAUUGAUAUUUGUGCUUCUGCCUAAAGUCGUCAACACAAGCGAUCCUGAUAUGAGACGGGAGAUGGAGCAGUCAAUGAAUAUGCUGAAUUCCAACCAUGAGUUGCCUGAUGUUUCUGAGUUCAUGACAAGACUCUUCUCUUCAAAAUCAUCUGGCAAAUCUAGCAGUGGCAGCAGUAAAACAGGCAAAAGUGGAGCUGGCAAAAGGAGGUAGUCAGGCCUUCCGGAGCUGGCAUUUGCACAAACACAGCAACACUGGGUGGCAUCCAAGUUUUGGAAAACUGUGUGAAGCAACUACUGUAAACUUGAGUCAUCCUCAACGUUGAUCUCUUACAACUAUAUACAUUAACUUUUUAGCACAUGUUUUGUACUUGGUACACAAGAAAACCCAGCUUUCAUCUUUUGUCUGUAUGAGGUCAAUAUUGAUGUCACUGAAUUAAUUACAGUGUCCUAUAGAAAAUGCCAUUAAUAAAUUAUAUGAAGUACUAUACAUUAUGUAUAUUAAAACAUCUUAAUCUAGAAAUCA